AGGAAACCCACGAGCGACAUCAGCGAAAAAAACUAGCAAAAGCAGCUUUGCACAGAGGGAGAUCAAAAAUUGCAGAAGAAGAUUUCAUCUUCAACACAACUUGAACACCUGCAACCCGAACUCUUUAGAUCAGAGUUCAAAUGAAGGCCGCAACUUGGCCCCUUGUCUUACAAAAGGAUGGUAAAGCUUCUGAUUCACCUCCAAGUGAUGAAAAUUCACAUGGUUUUAUUGCUGCAACAAACGACCCAAAUUCAAGCGAAUCAGUUACAAGCAAACCAACAAUUCUACUGGGCAUAUUCAAGGAACAAGUUAUUGAGUUCAUGCUACGCCUAAGAGCAAUUGAUCCAAAGAUGCCUACAGAAAUUCGAAAUAUUAUUCUUAAACAACCUGUAUUGGAUUUAGUGCAAGAAUGUCAUUCUAUUGUUGACAAUGAAUUUGAGAAACAAUUCUCAGAGCUCGAGGCCAAGUACUAUGCCGAAUUGGCAGAAGAUCACAUCAAUGAAGAACGUAACGAUGUCAUGAAUGAAUCCGACACUUUCAGUACCCUUUAGGAUUCUGUAGCAAUUCUAUAAUAUAAUUAAUCGGAUCUUGUAAGAACCAUAUUAGUAUGUAUUUGGUAAUUUUACUUUCAGUUUAAGGGCUGAACAUCCAUGUAACAUGCACGAUACUUCAAUUGUCAAUCUUGAGCAACAACA